AUGUUUAGUGCCAGGGCGCUAGCGUUUGCGUUUGUAGUGCUCGUGAUGGGCUCCUCGUGCGUGGCUGAUGGCGCCAGGACGACACCAGCCGGCGGCCUACGCGACGGCACGGCGGCAUCCGCUGCAAACGGGAGAACUACUGCCUACGACGACGGCCAGACAACGUCCGCGCGCGCGGCGGCGGGGGAGAGGGAAGAAGAGGAGGUGACAACGGGGAUGGACGGCGGCGCGGGGGCGACGGGGUCGAGGCUGCCGGACUGCACGCACGCGUGCGGGCCGUGCUCCCCGUGCCGGCGCGUCAUGGUGAGCCUCCGGUGCGCGGAGGCCGCCGAGUCGUGCCCCAUCGCGUACCGCUGCAUGUGCCGCGGCAGGUUCUUCCGCGUCCCCACCCUCUAG